CAUAACAGAGUAGCUGUUGAAGAAAAUUAAAUCCAUUAAAAGCCAGGAAAAUGUUUCCCGCCAAUAAAAAAACUAAACUUGCAAAUAUAUUUCUUCCGUGUGAAAACUGAAAACUGACGUGUCAUAAAGUAUGCAUAUAAAAACCAUUCUUUGAUUUGAUUUUCAGAGAAGAAGAGCAUUUAGAAAACAAAAGCGGAAUAAGAAACAAGAUUGAAGAAAGAAGUCGGAGAAGACAGUAGAAGAAACUGAUACGAGGAGAACUUACUCUCAACUUUAAUGGCAGACGCUGGAGAUAAUCAGAGAAGAAGCGAUGAAAAAGAGUCGAUAUCAACUGAAGAAACGAAGGAGAAUGAAGACUUGGGAUCUGGAAGAAACGACACAGGUCAUCAUGUAUACAACGAGGGACACGAAGAGGUACUAGAGUAUCUGAAACAAGAGAGACUGAAAGAUGCUGAUAUGCAGAGGAAAAGGCAUGAAACAGAGUCGAAAUCCAUUGAGGGCACAACUCCUGAUAUUAGGCUGAGUGAUUCAGGGAAAGGGUCUGAUGAAAUACAGAAAGCAGACUCAGUUUACAAACGCUCUAACGCUGACACGCGAGUGAGUCUGCCACAACAGAGACGACUGAAAGAUGUGGUGGAGGCGCAUAGGGUACGCCGUGAAACAGAGUCAAGAUUAUGGCACCAAGAGAGGGUAAAACAACUAACUUCUUACACAGUAUCUUUUGUUUGAUUUACGUGUUCCUUUGAUUUUGAUUCUCAGGAUAGAUCUCUGGUUUGGGGAGGAAGUGAACCCAGGAUGAGAUUUGAUGAAAGUACUCAGGGUUGGAGAGAUAGUGACUAUGAAUCCAAAUGGAGGUUUCAUGAGAGAACUCCGGAUUGGGAUUGGAGAGAUAGUGAAUCCAGAAUGAGAUCUCAUGAAAGAACUCAGGAUAGGAGAGGAAGUGAAUCCCAAGGGGUAUUUGAUGAGAGAACAGAGAGGAGACAAGAACCAGUGCGAUGGCCCGGUGAAGAGUGUUGGUGUCUGCGGUGUCGAAACGGAGGAAGUUGCCGUUACAAUCAUCCUACUCAACUUCCACAGAUUUGCAGGUAUUUUCUGAGGGGAUAUUGUAAGUUCGGCUCAGUUUGUGGAUUUCAACACAUAAGGGACAGGGAUGUUGCAGAACCUAUGUAUGAGAAUUGGAGUUUUGAUGUGAGAACUCAGAGGAGAUAUGAAAUAGAGUACUCAGGAUUCAGGCCAGAGAAGAGGGCAAAAACUAGUCUGGAUUCCGUAGAGCCUGAUUCAAGAAAAAGACUGGAAGGUCUAGAGAAUAAACGAGAGCAAGAGAAUCCGCAAGAACCUGAAAGGCAGAGGACUGAGGCUCAAGACAAUCUGCAGGAAUUUCGAGAGCAAGAGAAUCCGCAAAACCAGAUACAGAUAAAUACUGAAAGACAGAGGACAAUGGCUCAUGACAAUCUGCAGAUCGUUUCGGAUUCUCGAAUGCAUGAUCCAAGACGCCAUGAUACAGAGUUGAGACUCGAACGAGAGAAGAUGGUAAACAGAGAACUUGAAAAGCAGAGGAUAGAACAUCUAAUCGAUCCACUAGUGAGGCGAUACAUGCAAGCAAAGAGAGAUAAAGAAGUUGAACAGAGAGAGAGAGCUAGCAUUGAGAGCCAGAGGAUAGUGGCUCAAGAGAUUCUGCGGCAACAGAGAUUACAGGGGAUGCGAGAGAAUCAGAACGUGGAUUCUCGAAUGCAUGAUCCAAGACGCCAUGAUACAGAGUUGAGACUCGAACGAGAGAAGAUGGUAAACAGAGAACUUGAAAAGCAGAGGAUAGAACCUCUAAUCGGUCCACUAGUGAGGCGAUACAUGCAAGCAAAGAGAGAUAAAGAAGUUGAACAGAGAGAGAGAGCUAGCAUUGAGAGCCAGAGGAUAGUGGCUCAAGAGAAUCUGCGACAACAGAGAUUGCAGGGGAUGCGAGAGAAUCAGAACGUGGAUGCUCAUGAUCAAGAGAAAACUCAGGAACUCGGUUUCAAAGGAAAAGAGGGAGAUGGAGUUUAAGAGGAAACGGAGUUACGAGACCACCAAAGAGAACUCUCAAGAUGAUUUCUUUUACCGCAAGAAACUGAUGUGUUUUUCCUUUGAACGCAAAUAAUAAGUUCAUUUUGAUAAACUGAUCGUUUCGGAAUCAAUUGUGUUAUUGAUUGAUUAAACGAAUGAUGAAACUUUUAAUGCAAAAUAUUUG